CAAAGGAAUAUGCUUAUUAAACUCCCACUGGUUCAGAAGCCAUGAAUAGAGGUAAAUGAAUGAAGUUGAAAUCUCCAUCACAGUUCACUUCCCCCACAACAGGACAGAAGCUAAAGUUGCCUUGAAGGAAGAUGAGGGUCCUUUUCCUUCUGCUGUUAUUUCUGUGUGAAGCCCAGAGCCAUGCAGCAUCAAGGCCGAACAUCGUCCUGGUGAUGGCAGAUGACCUUGGCAUUGGAGAUCCAGGAUGCUAUGGGAACAAGACUCUCAGGACUCCCAAUAUUGACCAGUUGGCCAGUGAGGGAGUGAAACUCACCCAGCACCUAGCAGCAUCACCUCUGUGUACACCAAGCAGGGCAGCCUUUUUGACGGGCCGGUACCCCAUCCGAUCAGGAAUGGCAUCUUGGUCCCGAACUGGAGUUUUUCUCUUUACAGCCUCUUCUGGAGGACUUCCCUCAAGUGAAAUUACCUUUGCCAAGCUUCUGAAAAAUCAAGGAUAUACAACAGCACUGAUAGGGAAAUGGCACCUUGGGAUGAGCUGUCACAGCAAGACUGACUUUUGUCACCACCCUUUGCGUCAUGGGUUUGAUUAUUUCUAUGGGCUCACUGUAACCAACCUGAGAGACUGCAAACCUGGGGAGGGCAGCGUCUUCACCACAGGCUUCAAGAAGUUGGUUUUCAUCCCCCUGCAGAUCAUCGGGGUUGCUGUCCUCACUCUAGCAGUACUCAAUUUCCUGGGACUGCUUCGCGUGCCUCUUGGCGUUUUCUUUUGCCUUCUCCUUCUAGCAGCCAUGAUCCUGAGUCUUUUCCUGUGUUUCCUUCAUUACUUUCGACCCCUGAACUGCUUCCUGAUGAGGAACUACGAGAUCGCCCAGCAGCCCAUGUCAUAUGACAAUCUCACCCAAAGGCUGACAGCAGAAGCUGCCCAGUUCAUACAGUGGAAUGCUAAGACACCGUUCCUGCUUUUCCUGUCCUACCUCCAUGUGCACACAGCCCUCUUCUCUACCAAGGACUUUGCCGGCAAGAGUAAACAUGGCAUUUAUGGGGACGCUACUGAGGAAAUGGACUGGAGUGUGGGGCAAAUCUUAAAUGUUCUAGAUGAGCUGGGAUUGGCUAAUAAUACACUCAUCUACUUCACAUCAGACCAUGGAGCACACAUAGAAGAAGUGUCUACCAAAGGAGAAAUUCAUGGCGGAAGUAAUGGGAUCUAUAAAGGAGGAAAAGCAAACAACUGGGAAGGAGGUAUCCGGAUUCCAGGCAUCCUUCGAUGGCCCACGGUGAUACAGGCUGGUCAGGAGAUUGAUGAACCUACUAGCAACAUGGACAUAUUUCCUACAAUAGCCAAACUCGCUGGAUCACCCUUGCCUGAGGACAGGAUCAUUGAUGGACAUGAUCUGAUGCCCCUGCUUGAAGGGAAAAGUCAACAAUCCGAUCACGAGUUUCUCUUCCAUUAUUGCAAUGCCUACUUAAACGCUGUGCGCUGGCACCCUCAAAACAGCACAUCCAUCUGGAAGGCCUUUUUCUUCACCCCCAAGUUCACACCAACGGAGGGCUCCAACGGAUGCUUUUCCACGCAUGUGUGCUUCUGUUCUGGGAAUUUUGUCACCCAUCACAACCCACCUUUGCUCUUUGAUAUUUCCAAAGAUCCAAGUGAGAGGAAUGUAUUAACUCCGAUAACUGAGCCCCGGUUCCAUGAAAUCCUCAAAGUCAUGCAGGAAGCUGUGGACAACCACACCAAGACCCUGCCAGAGGUCCCCAACCAGUUGUCACUGGGGAACCUUCUUUGGAAGCCCUGGCUUCAGCUCUGCUGUCCAUCCUCUGGUCUGUCCUGCCAGUGUGACAGAGAAAAGCAGGAUAAAAGAGUGAGCCAUUAACUAUGUCUGGGCACCAGACAGAUGCAUGUGGUUAAGUUUGCCAUCUUCAUUUUGAAUACACUGAGCACUGGUAAAGGUAACUCCAUCUGAGUCUUGGAUUUUGACCGAUUCUCAAUUUGAUCACCUGAGGGCUUGAGUGAGAGCUCAACAGUUAUUCAACUAGUGGGUGGGGGAUAAGGUCUGCAUUACACAGAGAGGAAAAUGAUAGACUUUUGCCUUCCAUGGCCAGAGUUCUUGGACUCAGGGAAGUGGGUAGGUAGAGGGAUGUUGACAUGAGAACAUCUAACACCAGCACAGACAGAUAACAGGAAGGAAUAGAAGGUAACCUUAAUCCACCCCUCAGCAAAGAUGCAUAAUCAAUGGUAUAAGUCGUUAUUUCUCCAUAAUCUGAAGUUAUACAAUAAUUGCCAUGAUUCCCUACACAACAAUAAAAAAGACAAUCAAA